GGCUGCUCCGCACUCCCGGCGACUGCCCGGCCGCAGGCGGGGAAGAUCCGCAGCCGCGGGGGGUGGGGGGCUGUGUCCGGCGCGGCUCCUGGAGCAGCGGGUUCCCCGAACAAGGGCUACGCUCCUCUCCCGCGGGUGUUUGUGGCCGGAGGAGCCGGCGGGCUGCGGACUCGCUCCGGAUCCCGGGUUGCAAGAGGCUCUGAAAACCAACAAGGAAAAUGGCAGCCCAGAUGAAGAAGUGGCUGUUACUUGUGUGUGGCGUUGUCCUGCUGCGAGCCGGUGACCCUGUCAGAAUUGAAGCGGAUGAAGGUGAAGACGUGCUCCUGCCCUGCAUUGUUGAACGUAGAGACGCCGACCGUCUUCCAGACCCUACAGUGAACUGGCAGCGGUCAGGGAGUGAAGUCGUGAACAGCUACUACAAUGGCAAGAACCACCCGGUGUAUCAGUCUGGACGAUAUAAGGGGAGAACGGAGUUCGCUUCUCAGGGAUUGUCCGAGGGCAACGCGUCUCUGCUACUGAAGAAUGUAACCCCCGCUGACUUCGGGAACUACACCUGUCAUGCUAGUUUAUAUGAGAACAGCCCCCAAACUUUACAGACUGUCCUGCUGAUGCAGAAAGAGACCCAAGGUGCAAACGUUCCAGGAGGACGUGAAAACCGGCUCCGCAUUCUAAGCAUUUGUGUCCCAUUGAGCAUAGUAGUGAUUCUUGUAGGGGGUUCUGUAGGAUACUGUUGCUGUAAAAAGAAGACUACGAAGUCUAAAGCAGGUGAUGCAGAAGCAGCUCCGGAAAUGGAGGAAUUCACACGCCCCAGAAACUCAGAAAAUACUUCAGUGAUUCCCCUACACUGAACUGGGCAACACGACUCUGCCCUCCUCUGCUGUGACUCCCUCCGCUCGCCACCCACAGCUUCUCUCUGAAGCUGCAUCCUGCAGUGCAGGGCUACAACAAGGAGUCCACUGGCACCAGAUCCCUCCUUGUUUUUGUGGCUACAGACUAGCAGGGCUAUCCCCUGAUACCUGCGGGGCUGCUUUACUCUGGCAUUUCCCCCUAACCUGACCCUGCUCCACUUUGCAACCUGGGAACCCUUUUUAGGUGAGACUGAUAAGCAGCAGGCUCAACAAACUGUAAACCAAGCUGCUCAUUGCUGUUUUAACAGGAAAGGGUUGAAAUGGGUGAAAGGCAGGGAAGGAACCCAAGGCUGCCGUGCACUGGGAAAGCUGGAGUCUCGCAAAGCAAACAGUGAGCUGGAGACUGUUUCUCUUCGAUAAUACACCUGGCCGACCUGCCUCCGUACCUUACUAGAGUCUGUGGUCAUUGGGGGUUCUCCUGGGGUUUGCAGCGUCAGCGACCUGCGCAGAGCCGGGCCAGCACACAGAGGGAACACGCAGGCAGCCGACUGUUACCAACAUUGAGCAGAGCACCACACCGGCAGCGUCUGACGACACACUCAUUUGCUUACACACCCAGGGAGAAUAAUUUCUGUAGUUAGA